AUGGUGGGCGCCGCUCCGUUGGAGGUGGCGAAGACCGCGUUGGAAGUCGCCGACUUUACAUGGACGGCCGUUGAGGGAUGCCGCCACCAUAACCUCCACCACCGCCACCAUACAACGGCGGCGCCGGCGGCGCCGGCGGCGGAGAAGACCAAGGACGACAAGGAAUUGGAAUCCCUGCGGGCAGAGAAUUGUCGCCUCAGGAUUUUAUUGGAAGAACAAAAGCCCAAACUCCUGGAAUCUUGCCCGCCUGAUAUUCAAAAAGAAUUGAAGGAUUCCGGCGAGUGUGGACAUCAACUCCCUGUUUCUUCCGUGGAGGAUGAUGAUGAAAUUGGAACAGAGGAUUAUGUAAUUGUCAGCGAGGGAGACGUGGUAGACGGGAUUGCGAAUUUCAUGGCGCGAUGCGUGGUUAUGGAUCCAAAAGGCAGGUAUUUGGCGCCAGGGAAGCUUCAGAAAGCCAUAACCAAAGCGAUGGCAGGGGAAAGUAAGGUGGAGAAGGUGAUGCACAUUUACGCCGCCGGGAAGACGUUUCACAAGUGGUCUAAAUGGGGGAUCGCUCUGGCCGGCUUGUACCGAGCUCGCAGCAUUCUCAAGAUUGCUGCUAAAAUUGCCAUCACUGCUCUUUGA